GUCACAGCGUCGUAGGUGUAGUGGAAUUAUUUCGCAAGUGGAGUCCGGUUAAAGAACGGUUUUUGUUUUUGUUAGAUUCUCUAUCUCUGUUGAAAUGCCUUCAGACUCCAAAAAGAAACGUGAAGCUAAAAAGAAGGAAGCUGCUAAACAACGUGCACAGAAAAAAACCCAGCAGAAAACUGAAGAUGGAAUUAAUGAUGAGUGUACAGAAAACAAAUCUGAAAGUGUAACAGCUAAUGGGUCAUCUUUGCCUCUUGCUUCUGAGAAUGAGUUGGUGAAGAAGCUGGAACAUGACAUGGACCUUAAUGCUAAGGCUCGAGCUGUAACUGGAGUCCAGGGUCUGAAUCCCCACUCACGUGAUAUAAAAAUUGAAAAUUUCUCAAUUACUUUUCAUGGGGCAGAGAUUCUAGCGGACACAAAACUGGAACUUAAUUGUGGCCAGAGGUAUGGCCUUAUCGGUCUCAAUGGUAGUGGAAAGUCCUCAUUAUUAGCUUCUAUUGGUCGUAGAGAGAUUCCAAUUCAAGAUCAUAUUGAUAUCUAUCAUCUGACCAGAGAAAUAGAACCAAGCAAUAAUACAGCAUUGCAAGCCGUGCUUGAUGUGGAUCAAGAACGGAUACGGCUUGAAAAACUGGCUGAAGAACUGGCUCAUUACCCUGAUGAUGAUUCUCAAGAACAACUUAUGGACAUCUAUGAGCGGCUUGAUGAUAUAGGAGCAGAUAAAGCUGUAAGCAAAGCUGCCUAUAUUCUGCAUGGUCUCGGAUUUAACAAAAGAAUGCAGGAACAGAAGUGCAAAGAUUUCUCAGGUGGUUGGAGAAUGCGGAUUGCACUUGCUAAAGCUUUGUAUAUCCGACCCCAUCUUUUACUGCUGGAUGAACCCACUAACCAUCUUGAUCUGGAUGCAUGUGUGUGGCUGGAAGAGGAACUAAAGUCGUAUAAACGCAUCUUGGUAAUCAUAUCUCACUCUCAGGACUUCCUCAACGGUGUUUGUACUAACAUUAUUCACCUCCACAAGAAAAGACUUAAUUAUUAUGGUGGAAAUUACGAUGCUUUUGUAAGGACUCGCUUGGAAUUACUGGAGAAUCAAAUGAAGCGUUACAACUGGGAACAGAGUCAAAUAUCUCAUAUGAAGGACUACAUUGCAAGAUUUGGACAUGGCAGUGCCAAGCUGGCAAGACAAGCUCAGAGCAAAGAGAAGACACUGAGCAAGAUGGUCUCUGCAGGGCUGACUGAGAAAGUGAUGUUAGAUAAAAAUGUUCAGUUCUACUUCCCUUCUUGUGGCACAAUCCCGCCUCCUGUCAUCAUGGUGCAACAUGUGUCUUUUCGAUACACAGAGAAUGGGCCAUGGAUUUACAAGGAUCUAGAGUUUGGGAUUGAUCUUGAUACAAGGGUAGCUUUGGUUGGACCAAAUGGUGCAGGCAAAUCAACACUUCUGAAACUACUUUGUGGUGAACUGAUUCCUUCGGAUGGAUUGAUCAGAAAACAUUCUCACUUGAGAAUAGCACGUUACCAUCAGCAUUUACAUGAGCAACUUGACCUGGAUGUCUCGGCCCUUGAGUACAUGAUGCGUUGUUUUCCAGACGUAAAAGAAAAGGAGGAUAUGAGGAAGAUCAUUGGUCGGUAUGGGCUUACAGGAAGGCAACAGACUUGCCCUAUAAGACAGCUCUCAGAUGGGCAGCGAUGCCGUGUGGUGUUUGCUUGGUUAGCUUGGCAGACUCCUCACUUACUGCUUCUGGACGAACCAACUAAUCACUUGGACAUGGAAACAAUUGAUGCAUUGGCCGAUGCUAUAAAUGAUUUUGAUGGAGGAAUGGUCCUUGUAAGCCAUGACUUCCGUUUGAUUAGCCAGGUGGCAGAAGAGAUAUGGGUGUGUGCCAAUCAGACGAUCAGCAAAUGGAGUGGAGAUAUUCUUUCCUAUAAAGAACACCUACGAAAAAGGAUUAUAUCAGAAAUUCAGAAGCCUAAAGAUUAAGAGUAACUUUCAGUUAGAUGUGAUAUGUGUUGAAAUUGGUCUAUGUUUCUCUGGUUCUUUUUUUUUGUUCUGCUGUAUUUUCUCUAUGUGGUAGAAAGCCUAAAGUCUGUAUUUCUGAUUUCAAUUAAAAGUAGAAUAAUGUAAAAAGUUUUGAACCAAAUGAAAUAUUUACAUAAUUUAAAUUAUUAAAAUUGCAACAUUUAGAUAAUUGGUUUUUCAGUUUUCCUUAAUUGUGUACAGUAGAUAAUAUAGAGCAGAAGAAACAUAAUUAGCUUAAAAGGAAAAGUUUUAUUAGGAAUUUGCUAUCAUAGCUGUGCAGUCUUCAAGCUAGUUGUUGCAUUUAAAGUCAGUUUAUUUGAUCUUACAAACAAUGUAAUUGAUUAAAUGUUAUUUAUGAUACUAUCGCAUUGAAAUUCAUAAAAUAUAUCCUCAAUUGUGAAGUGUUUUUAUACAGUGUUUAUAUUAACCUUCAGAUCAGAUUUAUUCCAUCUUGAAACAUCAUUCGGUACUUGUGUAAUGAUCUGGCUGUUUUGUGACAGCACCAUGUGAUAACAGAUCUUAUUAGUUUUACACAAACAUAGUGAAGUUAAAGUAGAGUUGUUUAAGUGAAAACAUGCAUACGUUCAUCUCUAAAACAGUGAGAACAUUUAAAAAUCACAAGUAUGGAAUAACUGUAAAUUUUCAAACAUUGAGUAACAGAAAUUUCAGUUGUCACUGGAUAAUUUUUUUUUUAAAUUUUGAGAUAAUAGACUUGUAAAACAUUUUCAAAACUUGCUUGGAUUUUUUUUUAUAUUAAGUUAUAUUUUUAAUGCAGUAUAUAAAAAAGGCACCCCAAUUAUGUUGUUAUUAAGAGUUGCAGAUUUCAUCUUUUACUUACUAUGAAACAUUUUACUGAAGUAAAACUAGUUUUAGAAAGAAGGAUUGCUAUUAAAGAUUUGUAUUUUUUUUCAGAAUGUACAACUUCAAGCAGCUUUUAUUUAGUAUCAACCACUUGGUUCCAUUGUGUAAUAAAGAAUGUUGGUUUUAAAUGAAUUGGUAACUGAAACAAACUGAGUGAUUUCACUUUAUUAUAGUACUCAAGGGCAGUUCCCUGAACGGUAUAGAAUUAUUACCAAAUCAAAUUUUUUGUAGAGUAUUGUAGUUUCAGGAUGUAUCACAGCUGAGUUAAUUUUUUCUUUGGGAAUCACAGUUGAGAUUUGAAAUGUAGUUUUAGGAACUUUAUCAUUGAAAUUUUGUGUUGUUAGAUUUUUUUUACAAAUUACAACUUGGUUAAUCUAUAGAAACUUUAGUUUAAAAACUGUAUCUGUUGCUGCUGUAGAUGAAACUAUUCAUUUCUGAUUCAAGGUAAUAAUUAAUCCUUGAUCAUGCUGGAAAAAUGGAACUUCAGAAUCAUAUAUAAUAUACUUUGAAAGGAGGUUUAAAGGUAGUAUGGUAGAAAAUAUUUAAAAAACAUGCAUUUUGGUGGAGAAACAGACCAAUAAGAAGUUUUUUGUUAUACAGACAUCCAGCUUAAUUUGGGCUCUUUAAAGUAUUGGUUCCAAGUGAAAAUUUCACAUCAUUUUUAAAGGAUAUUUAGGUUGAGCUAUAUUGUUAGCUCAUUUCAAGAAUAAAGUAAAUUUGUUCUUCUA